AUGAAGACCAUUCGUACGAUCGGCUUCACUGGCACUAUCGCAAGUGGCAAGACUUCCCGCUGCAAGCACCUUGUAAAGGUGGCGGAGAGCUGGCAGCAGCCCAUUGUUGCUGCCAAAGGUUCAGGGAAGAAUAGCGGAACUUCCUCAGUGUCCCUCGGCAGUGAUAGAACGAUGCACCCGCCAGCUAUCCCGUCUUCUUCGGCGCUGGCGGUGCACUACAUCAAUGCAGACCUUGUCGGUCACCAUAUCUACGAGCCUGGCAAGCCAUGCUACUACGAUUUGCUGCAGCACUUCGGCACCGCUAUUCUGUCCGCGCCGGCUCCGACUAAAGCGAGUCAACAGGCAGGGUCCCCGACCCAAGGAGUACAGGAGGGGGCCGGUCGAGGAUGUAGCGCCGCUGGGCCAGGAAAGGCGGAGCCCUUUAUUGACCGUCGUGUGCUGGGCCAAAUCGUGUUUGCUGAGGAGCGCAGGCUGCAAGAGCUGAACUCGAUCUGCUGGCCCUACAUCACCGCCGCCAUCAAAGACGAGUACGCGAAGGUGUAUGCGAGUCUUAAGGCAGCAUAUCCGCCCCUCAUGGGGUCGGCUGAGACCUUGUCCUCUGCCGCAAAGACGCCGACUGCUGUUUCGCCGCCGUCCCCGUCGCCUUCAACGCCGCCUGAUGCCGCCGUCUUGGCAGCACCGGCCGUCGGGUUGGUCAUCGUGGAGGCGGCCUUGCUUUGUGAGAUGACGGAGGUACUGGAACUGACCACCGACCUCUGGAUGACGCACUGCACCCCUGCAACGGCGGUGGAUCGCGUUAUGAUGCGCAACCAAAUCAGCCGUGAAGACGCCGAGCGGCGAGUCGCAAGCCAGCUCGAUGUGGAGCGGAAGCUGCUCAAACUGCGCCACCUGCCUUACAAGGGUGACAUCGAAGUCUUCGACACGACGCAGGUGAGCCUGGAGGAGGGACUCAAAGAAACGGAGGCUGCCUUCGAGCGAUACUGGAGGAAGAAAAUCGCCGUGCACCUAUAG